AGCAGCUACACCCUACGGCAUAAGAUGUUCCCAUUUUGCAGACGGGGAAACGGAGGUUGGGGAGGACGGUGAUAGCCGUCGGGGGCGGGGUUCAGGGUCGGAGGCGGGGCGCAGGGCGCGCACGCUGCGUCUCGGGCCGGGGGGCGCGCACGCCGAGCGGCUGACCGGGGGCGUGGAAGGGGGCGUGGAAGGGGCGUGGCCUCGCGGGGCCAGGAGGCUGCCGCGGCUGCAGCUGUCGCGCCAGUCGGAACAGAAGCGGGUCCGAGGCGCACCCCAAUCCCGCCAUGGAGCAGCCGAGGAAGGCGGUGGUAGUGACGGGAUUUGGCCCUUUUGGGGAACACACUGUGAACGCCAGUUGGAUUGCAGUUCAGAGAUGGGAUCUCACUAUAUUGUCCAGGCUGGUCUUGAACUCCCAGGCUUAAAUGAUCCUUCCACCUUGGCCUCCCAACGAAGCUGGGAUUACAGGUGUGAGCCACCAAGCCCUGCCAUCAAGUGGGUCUUGCCAAACCCACACAUGAACACCUCUCUUGUGACUGCAUGCUUUGGGGAGCUGGAAAAGCUAGGCCUUGGGGACAGUGUGGACCUGCACGUGUAUGAGAUUCCAGUUGAGUACAAAACAGUCCAGAGACUCAUCCCUGCCCUGUGGGAGAAGCACAGUCCACAGCUGGUGGUGCAUGUGGGGGUGUCAGGCAUGGCGACCACAGUCACACUGGAGAAAUGUGGACACAACAAGGGCUACAAGGGGCUGGACAACUGCCGCUUCUGCCCCGGCUCCCAGUGCUGCGUGGAGGACGGGCCUGAAAGCAUUGACUCCAUCAUCGACAUGGAUGCUGUGUGCAAGCGAGUCACCACGUUGGGCCUGGAUGUAUCGGUGACCAUCUCGCAGGAUGCUGGCAGAUAUCUCUGCGACUUUACAUACUACACCUCUCUGUACCAGAGUCACGGUCGAUCAGCCUUCGUCCACGUGCCCCCACUGGGGAAGCCAUACAACGCAGACCAGCUGGGCAGGGCACUGAGAGCCAUCAUUGAGGAGAUGCUGGACCUCCUGGAGCAGUCAGAGGGCAAAAUCAACUAUUGCCACAAACACUGAGGAACGCUCAGGUCUCCUAAGACCUCAUCCUGCUGGGGACCCCACGAGGGGACAUCCACCCUCUGGGGUGUGGCCAGGAAAAGACAAGCUCUUCAACUUGGGGAUCCGAUCUGGAAGAGAGAUUCUGAUCUGCCUAUCUCCUCUUCCUCCUUCUCUACAAAAGCUCUGGUUGAUUUGAGGGAAGUGGCUGAAAAUUUUCUUUUCUCCCGUUUUCCUCCCUGCAUCUGGGGACACAGCUGCCGUGACCAGGGAGGCCAGCCUGAGGGGUCCAGAUGCCCAGGGAGAAUCUUGGUCUGGUGGGUCCAUGAGCUGCGAUACCACAGCUGGAGCCACGUGUUCACCUGCUUUCCUGUCUGUUGGUGAAGGAAAUUCAGAAUUCACUUUAUAUCCAAGACUGGCUUUUAUCCAAUUUAAAAGCGUCUCGAUGAGUCCUCGACCUUGACCUGUGCUCAACAGCCUGGCCCUUUCUGGGGCUACCCUGGGAUACGGCAUAAUUUUUUCUUUCUUUCUUUCUUCUCUCUCGCUCUUUUUUUUUUUUUUUUUUAAACCAAUAGUGCUAGUUUGUGCACAAAGUAAUUUAUAUUCCCUUUGGUUAAAAUGCAGGCUUUUUAGCCAACAACAAAAGUGUCUUUUUUCCCCUCAUGCCAGGGUGAGGCCACUUUUGUCUCCUGCCCUGAAAAUUGGACUUAAGAUACCAUGUCUUGGCUGGGCACAGUGGCUCAUGGCUGUAAUCCCAGCACUUGGGAGGCCAGGGUGGGUGGAUCACUUGAGACCAGGAGUUCGGGACCGGCCUGGCCAACAUGGUGAAACCCCGCCUCUACUAAAAAUAUAACAAUUAGCUGGGAGUGGUGAUGCAUGCCUGUAGUCCUAGCUACUUGGGAGGCUGAGGCUGGAGAAUCGCUUGAACCCAGGAGGCAGAGGUUGCAGUGAGCUGAGAUUACACGGCUGCUCUCCAGCCUGGGUGACAGAGCGAGAUUCUGUCUCAAAAAAAACAACUGGACUUAAGAUGGCAUGUCUUGGUUUUAGGGCCAAAAAGGAGGCCCCCUUGCUUAAGGCAUGGGGUUGGUGGCCAGGCGACGGGGUGGGACUGCUGCCCCAGAUGUGGCCAUGGGGGUCGUGGUCCUUUCAACACCGAGCUAUGAGCUGUCGCCAUGGAGACCAGGGCCAUCUGUGGGAAGGCGGAUUUUGUCUGCUUUUGACUUUUCUUUUUUAAUAUGUAAAACUCCACAGCAGCGGAAACCCCCCCCCGCUACUUCUGGCCUGAAGCUUCAAGGUUUUGGUGCCGGAACGAGUUUGUUGCUCCCUUAGCAGGGUGGUAGGGGGGUCUCAAAACGGAGGCCUAGGGGCUGGAGUUGGCAGAGCUUUGCAUGUCCCAGCAUGUCUGAGCAGGAGGAAUUCCGGGCGGCCAAGGGGUUUUAUGUAGAUUGGUUUUGGAUACUCGCCCAGGAGUCAGGAGUCAAAUUUUAUCUUACUUCCUGGUAACCUUGAACUCUAGACAGGAAUGAAAUGAUGUAACAUUCCUCAGAUGAUGUAAGUUCAGCCAGAUCCUUGAUACCUAUCAGGGAGAGAGGACAACCCCCACACUGAAACCAAUUGAGUGAAAUGCAUGUUCUGGAAAUCAGUUUCUAUUUUGGCCUGGGGGAAUGUGGCUAUACUGUUUCCCUGCGUGUGACACAGUUGGAAUCUGAUCUUGUUGGUUUCCCAACAUCCAGGGGUGUGUGUGUGUGUGUGAGAGGUGUGUGUGUGAGAGAGAGAGAGAGAGAGAGACAGGGUCUUAUUCUGUUGACCAGGCUGGAGUACAGUAGUGUGAUCAUAGAUC